AUGAACGAAAGACAAAAGGCUGAAUUAGAAGGAAAUAAAGGAAAAAGUUUAUUUUGCAAAAUUUCACUUAAUGGAUCAUAUGGUUACGAUGCAAUGAAUACACAAAAUUAUGCAAAGACUAAAAUAAUGAAUGCACAGAAGGCACGCGUUGCAUGUAUGUCAAAUAAGUUUAAAAACAUAAGAGAAAUAGGAGAGGAUACAUAUCAAGUGAUGCUCAAAGAUAGAUUUUAUAGAUGUGAUACAUGUUUACAAGAGGCAUUUUUUACUUUAGAUAACGCAAAAUACUGGUAUUUAGUUUUCAUUUAUGAUUUUAUGUAUAAAUGCUUGGAUGUUAAUCGUUUUCAUUUCAUUGAAGGUGAUACUGAUUCAUCUUAUUGGGCAAUCGCUGGCGAUCCAAAUCUUCCUAACACUCAAGCAUUUCAAGCAAUUGUUACCGAUAAAAAAUUUUAUGAUAAAAACAUUUUCAAAUUCGCACCUUUUGAUUUCUUCUGUUUUGAUGAGAAAUUUAAACCUAAAUUAAAGAAUAAAGUUGAAGAAAAAGCACAUGAGAAAAAAUUAUUGGGUUUAGCAAUUGAGAAACAAGGUGAUAACAUGGUUGCUUUAUGUCCUAAAUGUUAUACUUCAUUCAACGGUUCAAUUGAUGGGAGUGAUUUUAAAAAGAUUGCACAAAAAAUGAAAGGUGUUAGUUUACGACAAAAUAAACAAUUAACACCUAAAAAUUAUUUGGAUAUAAUAAAUGAUAAAGUUAUUUUCGAUGGUCAGAAUAUUAAUUUACAACUUAAAAACGGGUCAAUGACUCGCUUAACAAUCGGUAAGACUGCAUUAACAGGAGCACACACUAAGGCUGUAUGUUGUGAAAAUGGAUGUUGUAUGCCAUUUAUUUAA